GGUAUGCUUGGAUUGAGGUAAGCUCCACUCACUCUCAACUGAAAUAAUGACACAUACUAUUGCAGAGAAAACUUUACUGGCAGAAUAUCAAAAUUUCCAAGUCCUUGUCUGGCCCUAUAUUAAAAACUCAACAAAGUUACAGCAAUUGGUAUACCUCUAUAAAUAGCCUUCUCUAGAACCUAAUUUCAGGCAUCAAAGAACUCGGAAAAGAUGGAGGACAACAAAAUCAACCUUCCAAAAAAACAAAAAGGAGGAUUGGUCACCAUGCCAUUCAUCUUUGCGAAUGAGGCCUGUGAGAAAUUAGCUGUGGUUGGUUUUGCUGCUAAUAUGAUUAGCUACUUAAUAACGCAGCUACACAUGCCCUUGACCAAAGCAGCCAACACUCUAACCAACUUCAAUGGCACGGCCAGCCUGACGCCGUUGCUCGGUGCUUUCAUUGCCGAUUCAUUCGCCGGACGUUUCUGGACCGUAACUAUUGCUUCCAUCAUAUAUCAAGUUGGAAUGACAUCCUUAACCAUAUCUGCAAUAGUCCCACAACUACGGCCGCCUCCAUGUGACGGUGACCAAGUGUGCAAAGAAGCCAAUACCGGACAGGCAGCAAUCCUAUAUACAUCUCUCCUCCUGGGUGCCUUAGGGGCGGGCGGGAUUCGACCCUGUGUGGCGGCAUUUGGGGCGGACCAGUUCGACGAAGCAGAUCCAAAACAAGCAAACCGGACAUGGAAAUAUUUCAAUUGGUACUAUUUUUGUAUGGGGGUAUCAAUCCUGGUGGCCGUAACGGUGAUAGUUUAUAUCCAAGAUAAUGUUGGAUGGGGAUGGGGCCUUGGAAUUCCUACUAUUGCAAUGUUCUUCUCAAUUAUUGCAUUUGUUUUUGGGUACCCACUUUACCGGCACCUGAAUCCCGCCGGAAGUCCGUUCACCCGGCUGCUGCAGGUGGCGGUGGCAGCUUUUAAGAAGAGGAAAUUGACCGUUACGGAUCCUGAGGUGCUGUACCGGAACGAGGAGCUGGAUGCUUCCAUUUCUUUGAAAGGAAAGCUUGUCCACACCGAACAAUUAAAAUUUCUUGACAAGGCAGCAAUGGUGACUGAAGAAGACAAUGUAAAAUCUCCUAAUCCUUGGAGACUAAACACAGUUCAUCGAGUUGAAGAACUGAAGUCCGUGAUCAGGAUGGGACCAAUAUGGGCGGCCGGAAUACUCCUCAUCACAGCCUAUGCACAACAAAACACAUUCUCCCUCCAACAAGCAAAGACCAUGGACCGACACCUCACCAAGUCCUUCGAGAUCCCUGCCGGCUCCAUGUCCGUCUUCACCAUGGUCUCCAUGCUCUUUACCAUCGCCAUCUACGACCGCAUUUUCAUCCCCGUCGCCCGCCGGUUCACUGGCCUCGACCGCGGCAUCACCUUCUUGCAGCGGAUGGGGAUAGGCUUUGUUAUUUCAAUCAUAGCCACUCUAGUCUCGGGCUUCGCUGAAGUGAAGCGGAAACAAGCAGCUUUGGCCCAUGGGCUUCAAGACAAGGUCCAUUCUAUCAUACCCAUUUCAGUGUUUUGGCUAGUCCCACAAUACAGCCUACAUGGAAUUGCGGAAGCAUUCAUGUCCAUCGGUCAGUUGGAAUUUUUCUACGACCAGUCACCGGAGAGCAUGAGGAGUACAGCCACCGCUCUGUUUUGGACUGCGAUCUCCGUCGGAAAUUACGUGAGCACCUUCCUGGUUUCCUUGGUGCACAAGUUCAGCGCCGGCCAAGACGGAGCGAAUUGGCUGCCGAACGAUAACCUAAACAAGGGGAAGUUGGAGUAUUUUUAUUGGUUGAUUACUUGCUUGCAGGUUUUUAAUCUUAUUUACUACCUUUUUUGUGCAAAGAAAUACACUUAUAAGCCCAUUCAGAUUCAUAAUAAAGAGAGUGAAUCUGAAGAAGAUGGAUCAGUAGAGCUUGUGAGCAAGGUUUAGUUUAUUGCACUGAGACUGAAAAUAAUUCCUCCUCUUUCUUUUUGGCUGUAUCAGAGUAAUCUUCCCUAGUAUGGUGGAUUACGUAGUGGACAUUGUAGAGAUGUCCAAGGAGAUCUGUAUCAGGAAAUACUAUGUAAGCAUGCAAAAGUAGCUUGUAAUGAAUGCAAUCUCUCACUCUACCUUUUUCCAAUCGUAACAUUUUUCAAUUGU